AUGAGCGCUCUUGCUUCUCUCACUCUCUCUGGACAUCAAAGCCACACUCAUUGCCAUGGCCAUCAAAAAGUUAACGGGGGUAUUAGGAUUAUGAAGACUUCUUUUUCGUCCCUUGACACUGCCUUCACCUCCAAUUCCGUCAACCGAAACCGUUUCUCCUCCGUAGCAUCGUCACGGAGACCUUUGUCGACCGUCGUGUUUCCUCAGACGACGAGAACAACAAGAAGGUUAUCUUGUGUUUUAUCGAUGUCGAAGAAAGACGAUGGCUUCACUUACAAAGAUUCCGGUGUGGAUAUCGAUGCUGGGACUGAGCUCAUUACAAGAAUCUCAAAGAUGGCUCCCAUGAUCGGCGGAUUCAGUGGUGGCAUUCCAAUAGGUGAUACAUUAGUCGUAUUAGGUAUGGAUGGUGUAGGGACUAAACUUAAGUUGGCAUUUGAGACCGGAAUUCAUGAAACCAUUGGAAUCGACUUGGUCGCAAUGAGUGUGAAUGAUAUUGUUACUUGUGGUGCGAAGCCUCUGGGAUUCCUUGAUUACUAUGGUACUAGUGAUCUCGAUGUAGACCUUGCAGAAAAGAAAGAUGAUGGUUUCACUUACAAAGAAUCUAGGACUGAACUCAUUAGAAGAAUCAUUAAGAGGGAUCCUAAGAUAGGCGAAUCCAGUGAUUGCAUUUUAAUAGAAGGUGAUAGUGAUGGUUCUUUUGAAGUAAUUAAAAUGGAUGCUGUAGUGCCUAAACUUAAGUUGGCAUUUGAGGUGGGAUCCCAUGAAACCAUUGGAAUCGACUUGGUUGCUAAGAUUGUGAAUGAUAUUGUUGCUUAUGGUGCAAAGCCUGUGGGUUUCCUUUUCGUUACUACUCCUCUCGAUGUAGACCUUGCAGAAAAGGGGUUGUUGAUGGUUGUCAUGAAUCCGGCUGUGAACUCAAAGAAGGAAAGACUGAAGCAUAGCUGCCCUACGUUUAUGCUGAGGGAGAAUACAAUCUCUUGGGGGUGUGCACUAGGAAAAGUGAAGAAAGAUUCUCUUAUAGACGGGAAAAACAUUGUAGCUGGAGAUGUUCUUAUUGGUCUUCCUUCAAGCGGCCUUCAUUGCAAUGGUUUUGCUUUAGCAAGAAGGGUAUUGGCUCAAAGUGGGUUGUCGCUUAAAGAUCAUCUUCCUGGUGGAACAAUUUCCCUUGGUGAAGCUCUAAUGGCACCUACUGUCAUUUAUGUGAAACAGGUACUUGACUUUAUCGACAAAGGAGGAGUGAAGGGGUUAGCUCAUAUAACAAGAGGAGGUUUAACCGAUAGCAUUCCCCAAGUCUUACCGGAUGGUUUGAGUGUUGUUAUUCACACCGAUGCUUGGAACUUCCACCUUUGUUCAAAUGGAUCCAAAAGUAUAGAAGACACUGAGAUGAGAAUGACGUUUAAUAUGGGAAUUGGGAUGGUUAUGGUGGUGAGUCCGGAGGCGGCUUUGAGGAUACUUGGAGAAGUUGAGAAUGGCGACUAUGUUGCAUAUCGCAUUGGACAAGUUAUCGAAGAAGCUUUCACCACGAAACCGUGUUUUUCUACCAAAGCCGGGAACGAGCUUAACUACUAA